ACCAACCUUGGUUCACUGAAUAUAGUGUUGUAAUCCUGGAAGGGGAAAGAGGUGAAAAGCUCUCAGUGCUGCAAGCCCACAAUCCAUAUUUAGCCCAGAACUGCCAGCUCUCUUUCUCAACUACCAUGAGGAGCCUCCCAGCUGUACUGCUCAAUGACUGGCUAUUUACUGGCCUUUUUUUUUAAUUGCAAAAAUAUACCUUAUUCAUAAAAGUUAUGUAGAUACACAAGUCCUAAAACAGUUCUAAAAAAAACUAUUUUCUAAUCUACCCAUUCAGAGAUGUUAUUACACAUCUCUGGAGCAGGUGGGACUUGAACCCUGGUCUCCUGGCUCAGAGGUGGGAUGCUACCACUGUGCCACAACAGGCCCUAAAACAGUUCUAUACAAUAUUUGCAGAGACCGAGAAAAGACAAGCGACACAUUGUAAUUUGUCAUUCCUGAGAGCUUCUCUGCAGUUGCAAAAACAAAGGCAUUUUCUCCUUAUGCAGGAAACAACUUACAUUCAUUUUGAGGCAACGGAGGACCUGAGAAUUGAAUGGACCCCUGUUAUACUUUGGAAGACCAUAGAUGGUGGUUUUUCCCCACUACACUUUGAUACCAGCUGGCCCAAGCUUAAAUGCAUCCCUCAGCAUGUAGUCCUGGACUUUGGAAUGUGCCAGUCUGCAAUGUUUGGUCGAAGACAACUCUUUACACUGGAAGACCAACAAGUCUCGGGCAGGCCGAGGAGUAUCUCUCACCGAGUUGAUGGUCAUCCAGGAGCAGUUGAUGUUUGUCUUGGUAUGCAGCCCAGGGAGCAGCCCAUAGAGCACAGAGUCCUGCAUCACUGAGCUGCUUGGGACGAACCACAACAAAAGUCACUGCAUCGCUUUCUAGAUGUUCUUUGUAAAGGCACAUUCCAAAGGAGACGUGAUAGUCUCUUUCCCUCCCACAGCCACUUUGAGGCCUGUGUGCAGUAGCAGAGAAAGAUUGUCCAGGCAUACUGGCAUUUGCGUGUGCUCCUUACCAUUGCACCACCACUCCCAGAUUCUUAAGUCCUGCCCCCCCCCCCAAACAUGUGGAACCUUGUCUUCAGUAGGACCAAAGUUAUGCACAGAACAUCGAGGAAUAAACCAUGCAUGUGUAUGAAAUUCAUUCUGGCUUAGAGUGUCUGUUGCCAGUAGCUGACAUUAGUGGGCCUGCUUCACUGCUGAGCUGACCAUUUUGGUGGGCUAUCUUUACAUUCAUGCAAACUACAUCCUUUACACAAUUGACAAUUAGCUAUCAAGCAUUAUCUAACUCUUGCAUUCUCCAUGGCAAUAUCUCUACCUGAAUAUACUUGCCAACCAAUCAGCACUCUCCUCUCACAUCCUAUAAAUAUUGUUUUCCCUUUAUUUUGUUAUCGCGAAUUGUCAUGAAUACAAGGCAAAAAACUUUUACAAAAUAUAUCUUUUUUCAACAAUAACAAUUUACAUAGAUUGAGGGGUUGUAAGAAGGGGGCUCUAAGAGAGGCGGGAGGGAGAAAGAUAAGCUUUUUAACUUUACAGCCCUGCAGUGUAAAGAGCAUGCACCCACAACAGCUCUCAACUCUUCAACUCUUCCAUAUCUCCACCUCUUCGACACAGCAACUUUCAAGCCUCAAAAUGGAGUCACAAUGAGAAAUAUUUGAGGAACCACUGCCUUAAACUUUUCCACCAUCUAACUAGACAUGGGUUUGGAGUGUGAUAGAGUAGUUCCGACAACACUUAAAACUUGACACCAUCUGGCUAAAAGCAUUCUGCCUGGUUGAUAGCCUAUUCACCACCAUAAAUGUUUACUCCAACCACAUACUUGACAGUAGGAAAGUAGAAAAUGAAAGCAGGAGUAGUCCAUUCAGCCCAUCAAGUCUGUGUUGCCAUUCAACAUAACCAUGGCUGAUCUUUCAUCUCUAUGUUUCUACUCUGUCUUCACAUACCUCUUGACAUAUUUUGCCUCUAGAAAACUAUUUCUUUCUUAAAUAUAUUCAAUAACAUAGCCUCCAUAGCUUCCUGUGAUAGAGAAUUCUUCUGAGACAGAAAAAAGAAAUUCCUCCUCAUCUCAGACCAAAAUGGUCUACAGUACAUGAUCUCUUGUUUGUGAACCUCCAGGCCAGGGGAGACACCAUCCCUUCAUCCAGACUUUACAGCCCUGUCAGAACUUUAUAUUUUACAAUGAGAUCCCUUCUCAUUCUGCUAAACUUUUGUGAAAACAGGCCCAAUUGACCUAAUGUCUCCUUAUAGAACAACCUGCCAUCCCAGGAAUCAAUCUAUUGAAUCUUCGAGGUGAACAUCCAUGGAAUCUUUACAGCAGUACAGCCGGGAGGCUCCUCAUGUUCUUUUCCAGAAUGGAUGCACCAAUGUCUUCUGAUCAUGAAAUCCACUCUGGGCCAGAAGAACAUGUUGAAGUUGAAGUGUCUGUUUUCCAGAUAGAGAGGGAGGAGCCUGAAGAUGCAAUCAUACGAAUUAGACUGGGUAAUCGAUUACGGCAACGAAGGCGACGGCAACGUCUUCGUGCUGCUAGAGCUGGCGCUGAGAGGGCACAGCCACUACAAGUAGCAUGUCCAUUACAGACUGUUGAGAGUGAAACUGAGCAACCAGAAAAUCAUGCAGAGAUUUCACAGUUAAGUCAAGAAGAGCAACAGGAAAAUCUUCCUAAUGGUCACGUUGCAGAAUCUUCUGCAGUUGAGGAUUCUGAUGAACAACUUGCAAGAAAUAGAGAAGCUGCUAAAUUAAGCGAGUUUGAGCGAAUCCUAAGACGUAGAGAGACUAUAAGAUUAAGCCAACAAAGACGAAGAGAGCGUCUUCGUAACAUGAGUCGAAGUCUUGAGGAAUCUCCUGAUCCACUUGCAAGGUGUCGAAAUAUGAUCCUGGGAUUUAGGGUCUCUGAGCUUCAGGUACUCUUGGGGUUUGCAGGACGCAACAAAAGUGGGCUGAAACAUGAAUUGGUCUCCCGUGCAUUACAGUUGGUAAGGAACAACUGUUCCUCGGAGAUACUAAAGAAGAUCCAAGACUUGCAUGCUCAUCGCUACAGUACAAGGUCCUCAAAUGCACAGUGUCAGCAACUUCCGCCUGCUCCAACAUUUCCUCUGCAUUCUUCAGAGGCAGCCUUGAAUGCCAGAACGUCUGUUCCAAUUUGUCACACUGGAAAAGCUGAUACAAAAUCUAAAGUGAGAUUAACAAAAUUGCCUUUCUACGAAAUACUAGAUGAUCUGAUGAAACCUACAGAUCUAGUUCCAACCACCAGUGAAAGGAUUCAAGAGAAUCAGUUCAGUUUUACAUUAACUGAUAAACAAAGAGAACAGAUUAUCUCUGGAUGUUCAAAGAAUGGCGUGCAGUCAAUUCAAGUGCAGUUAAGGAUUUGCCACUCAGAUACAGAAUUUAUUCAAGAAGACCAGUAUCCUCCCUACCUGUCAAUAAAAGUAAACUCAAGGGUGUGUCAUUUUACGAGUUACUUUUCAUCAAAUAAACCUGGAGUAGAACCAAAAAGGCCUUGUCGACCCAUUGAUAUCACGCCGCUAUUAAAUUUGACAUCUCGUGGAGCUAAUUACUUAAAUAUAUUUUGGGGACAUUUUGCCAAGCGAUAUUCUGUGGUUUUGUACCUAGUAAGACAGCAUAUAGUAGCAGAAUUGCUACAUAAGCUUCAAGCAAAUGAAACUAGAGCUUCUGAAAUUUCCAGGGAAUUAAUUCGAAAAAAGCUGCGACUGGAACCUGACAAUGAUGUAACCACCACUGGCCUCCGCGUUUCCCUUAUGUGUAGUCUUGGUAAGAUGCGGCUUUCGGUGCCCUGUCGUGGCAUUACUUGCACACAUUUACAGUGUUUUGAUGCAGCCCUUUAUAUUCAGAUGAAUGAAAAAAAGCCUACAUGGAUGUGUCCUGUAUGUGACAAGCCAGCUCCUUAUGAACUGUUAUUUGUAGACCAGCUGUUUUUAGAUAUUCUGAAGGAGUGUGAAGAUGCCACUGAGGUUCAGUUUAAGGAUGAUGGCAGUUGGAUUCCAAUAAAACCAGAUAAGCAGCCUCAGAAGAACUCUGGUCCUCAAUAUUCAAUAGUGGAAUUAGAAGACACUGGCAGCAAUCAGUUCAGUGAUCCUGCAAACAGGAAGGGUGACAUGGAUGUUAUUGACCUGACUAUAGAUUGUUGAUUUCAACGGUCAAUUGCUCAAAAUUGAAUGUAACUGUGAAUGCUGGAGAGAAUUCACUAUCAACUGUGCAGGACACAAUAUGGAAAAACAUGUUGAAAGAAGUCUACCUCUAGCAUUGCAGGUUUUAGUUACUUUGAGCCCUUCCAGCCACGUCUACCUCCUGAAAGAACUGGUACGAUAGAGGAUUGGAGCAAUGACACUCGUGAGGAGUUCUUAUGGAUGUGAAGGACCAAUGUAUCAUUCUUGAAAUAUUUGGAGAAAUGGAGACCGCACUAAGUUGUAGAGGAUUGUUUAUAAAUUCUGCUUUGUUGACUGCUGAGUAGGCAUUGAUCCCUAGUCACAUCCCAUAAUCUUAAUGAUACACAGGAAAUGGGGAGAGGAGAAAUUCAUAGCCUGUUUGACUGGUAUCUUUUUGAUCUCCCUUUGUUUCCAGUACAAAUAUACAUGUCAAAGAAGCUUGAAAGUUUGUAUGCUGAUUUAUAAGAGCUAUAACAAUCUUAUAGAUUAGAUGUAUGUUAGCCCAACUCCAUCUCACUGCUUGGUUUUCUUUUCAAAUUCUUGCAACAAAUGUAUUGUUAAUAUUUGUGGAAGCAGUUUUUGCUAUCGCUUGCAUAUCUAAUUUCUACCCAAUUUUCCCCCACUCUUUUUCACUAAUGGGAAUAAUGAGAAAUAUAUAGCAAAGUUAAAGUGCGUUCUCAACAGGAGUGGCUAGCUCAAAAGAAAACCUUUGCAAUAUAUUUCUCUUCUCUCUUAGAUCAUGGCAGGAGGAUGCCUGUGAAAAGCAAAGCUGCAAAAAUGUCAGUAUCUAAAGAUUAACUAUAUAAUCCAUUUGGGGUUUUCUUCUGAAAAUAAGAUUUGGAUCUUGAGGCUCAGUUGGUUUAGAGAGUAGGACUUUUGACAACUCUACUGUGGCCAUAUUUAUUUGUUUCAAUUUAUUUUUCUAUUUUUUUCCAUGUCUAGCAGUGCCUGCAUUAAAGCUUUUGAAGUCAAGCAGGUCCAAUAGUUGGAUUCUGCCACUGCUGUUUCUUUACCUUAAACCAAGAGGCACUAGAACUAUGCAGGGAAAUUUCCCAGUUUUUUUUUAAAUCCUUCCCGAGACUAAAAGGUUUGUUUGGAAAUUCAAAUGAAAUUAUAGUCGAGAAUGGCAUUCAACCUAGUUGAGCCCAGUGCUGUGAUGCUGUAGCUACUGAGAUGCCACUUGCUAUUUUUCUGCUUCCUUUUAAAGUUAUUGCUGUAAAAAGUUGUACAUAUCUGCAUAUAGUUUAUUUAGUUUAGUUUGUUUUAACACUUAAGUUGGUCAUGGUGUUGAAACACAUAAUCUCAAAUUAUGUAAACCGAAUAAGUUAAAGCACUGGGCAGAUAAGUGGAAUUUUGUUUUUGUUAUAGCCCUGCUACCAAUUUCUGAUAAUUAGUAAGUAGUGUAAUGAGAAAAUAUUGUGCAUUUUUAACAAUUCCAAAUUUCCCCAACAUAUGCCACAUAUUGUUUCUGCCAUUAAUUUCAGAUAUGUUGUGUAAAGAUUUUGAAGGAGAAUAACAUGGGUUAAUGUCAACUUUUGCCUGCUCCAGUUCCUUCAUAGCGCUGCAGUCUGAUACUCCUGAUUCAAACAUCAAUUUUCUGUGUUGAAAGCACAAAUAGAUUUGUGAUGUAUUUAUUGCUUUCACAUUUUCACUACAUCUGAUUAUUGAAAUGAAAAUAUUGUCCAAUUGUGAUGUUUUUACACCAUGAUUUCCAAAUCUAUAUUAAUGUUUAUGCUCUAGACUCUGACAUUAAAGUAAGGAUUUGGAUCAGUAACAUUGGCUGUAUUUUAUGCUUAUUCUAAACAUUUGCUGGGUAGAAAGUAUUCUAAAUUAAAUAAAGUCAUGUGAAAGUUUUUGACAUA